AUGGCGACGGCGGAGGAAGGCGAGAGAGGAGAGGUACAACCACCAGGAUUAGGGAGGGGGAGGUGUCCAAGAUUCCGGCGAUCUGAGGCGACCCGCGACAUGGCCGGAGGCGGCGGCGCUGGGGGAAAGGAGGAUGGCGGCACGGAGCCCCUACUCCUGUCCGUCCUCGCUCUCCCCGCAACGGCGCUCCCCGCCGUCGUCUCCCGCCUGGAGGCCGCCGUCCCGCGGAAGGCGCGCAGCUACCUCCCCCGCAACGUCCCGUCGGCCUGGUGGUCACUCAGGAUCCCCUUCAUCCAGCCGCUGCCGCCGGCUGGGGACCCGGCAAACGAAGAGGAGGGGAGAAGGUUCCCCCGCCCCCAGCGCGUGCAGGUGGCUCCGUCUCUCGAUCCAGGCACGGCCGAUAAGCCGCCCAAGAGAUUGAAGAGGUGCCUGCACUGCAAGGCGGUGGAGACGCCGCAGCGGAGGUCAGGGCCGAUGGGGCGGGGUACCCUCUGCAACGCCUGCGGAGUCUGGUACAGUAAGAACGGGACGCUGCCGGAGCACCUUCCGGUGGCAAGCCCAAUCGUCGAUUCGCCGCUGGAGAACCCGAUCUGGGAGCCCGAGGUGCCUGGGGCCAUCUACCUGGUCAGAAAGUCGGCCACGGAGAGGAUGCCUCCCAGGACAGAAGCCGCACCAGCGCCACGGCCGGGGACGAGCUGCUUGCACUGCGGGUCGUCGGAGCCGCCUUUGUGGAUAGAAGGGUCGAUGAGGCGGAGGGAGGUCUGCACCGCCUGCGGCAUGCGGUACAAGAAAGGGAGGUUGCUGCCGGAGUGCCGUCCAGCAGAGUGCUCAGUGACGGAUUCCCGGCAGGAGAGCCCAGUCAUCAACUCCCCGCCAGAGAGUCCCAUCUGGGAACCUGAGGCGCCUCCGUCCGUGCACCUGCCAAGAAAGCCUUCAAAAAAGAAGAAGAGGAGGCGGUCGAGAAGCGAAGCCCCUUCGGCGCCAUGGCCGGCAAAUAAGGGGAAGAGGUGCCAGCACUGUGGGUCGUCAGAGACGCCGCAGUGGAGGGAGGGGCCAAAGGGGCGAGCCACGCUGUGCAACGCGUGCGGCGUGCGGUACAGGCAGGGGAGGCUACUGCCGGAGUACCGGCCCAUGGCGAGCCCUACAUUUGUGCCAACAAAGCAUGCCAAUUCCCACCGCAAGGUGCUCCAGUUGCAUCGGACCAGGCAAAGCAACGACGAGCAUCCAUCACCGCUGCCUGCCGACAGCGUCACCAACCUGCCCCCAAUCCGCGACGAGCUCCCGACCACCAGCACGGCAGGUCUUGCCAGUGAGGAUCCGACCGACGCACCGGGCUACACCGACAACCCAAUCAACGUGCCGAGCUCACUGGACUCGCUGCUGCUCGACGGGCCGUCGGCACCACUCAUCGUAGAGAGUGAAGAUUUUGCGAUUAGCUAG